ACACACACACACACACACACACACACACACACACACACACACACACGGUGCUCGUGAGGUGUCGGACAUGGGCGCGCGCGUGGGUCGGCUCUUCAGGAACUUCAAUCUGGAGGCUCGCGCGCAUCGCGAAAUCGGCAAAAGCAAACCGGAAGCGGCGCCUCGGCAUCCGGUACCGUUUAAUCACAGCAACAGCGUCCCGCCCGUGAGUGAGAUCCACAGGAAGGAUGAUCCGCUACUGAAUCGACUCAGACAAGUUUAUGUGGAAUCUAAAGACCCACAAACACCGACGUUGGCGAGUGUGAGGAAGUUGCAGCAGGUGGACCGUCGCCCCCUCAGCGCCUCACUGGCGCCCCCCGGAGUGUGUGACAUCACAGAUGUGCCCAAAGGGAAGCUGACCAUUGUGGAGGCGCUAACAGCGCUAAACAAGCACAAGCUAACGCCUCAGGAGUGGCCGGCUGAGAGGAUAGCGCAGGAGCUAAUGCUAACACCCAGCGAUGCCCGCGCGCUAACGUGCUACUUCAUCCCCUUUAACAUUAAAAUCAUUAAAGUCCCCCGAGCUGAGGACACACACACACGCAUCACUGACUCCUAACACACACACCUUUCUUUUCUCCCUUCUGUGCUCAUCUAUUGUAUAUUUUAUGUUAUAAAUUGCCCGUAUAUUUCAUUUAAAUAAAAUGUUUAAUGAUUAAAGUUAAAAGUUUAACGAUGUCCUGAUAUUUCCUGAAUGUAGUUACAAAAACACUUAAUUUUGCAGUAAUUAUUUAAUGAACAAGAAAUGAAGAAUAAGAUGUUUUUAAUUUUAGAAAAUUCCGCAAAAUGAAAAUGUAAUGUGACCUUUUAAAUGAAGAGUUAAUCGUGGAAUGAUUUUAUUAUUUUAUUAGAACAGAGAAUAAAGGUUUUGAGGGUGUGUGAGGAUAUAUCUACCAGAUGUGAAUAAAACUCAGUAUGUAGUGAAUAAG